AGCUUUUGGCUAUUUUGAAUCACUGCUGAAUACUGCUGCACAACGGCCAUAGCCUUUAUUCUACAGCGCAGUGUUAUCCGAGCACGGUGUGACUGCUCGGCUGAGUAGGAGAUGGCUAAAUGUGAUAAUCCGCUCACUCGCUGCUUUCGAAGUCUUUCCCGCCGUGCGUUGGGUACGUUAAUUCUUUCAGUCAAAGCGCUUGGUUCUCUAAACACGUCAAAUUCUGUUUUUAUUGAGUGGACAGCAUACUCCUGGUUGGUAAAUGUCCUGAUAAUAGUCGAUGGAUCAGCACACACGAAAUUUUUGUCAGCGAUAAUAUUUGUUGCCGCUGACGAAGAGAAUGCUGAUUGAAUGUUGCAUCAUGAACGCAGUGCGGUGCGGUCCGUGCGGAUUGUUUAUCUUGCUCCACAUACAUAAUAAUCUCGCUGCGCCGACAUACACGGACUCUGACUCACAAAACCCGCAACAGACUUUAACCCGCAACGCUGUUGCUCCCUUCGUGCCGCCAUAUCCAUUUCGAAAAGAUUUGUUCACGGAGGAAGAAUGCAUCCUUUACUUCAGCCUUGCAGCCAAAAGGUCUAUGUGUCUGCUUACCCCCGGGGACAGUGUAUGCACAAUAAUUGAAGAGUCACCCCGCAGAUCGCAGAUGUUGAACACGUACGUGGAGAUCGCGUGCCUCCACAGACCUCGAUCGUUACUAGUUAAAACCACUCAAAGGGUAAGCCAAAUCAGUCCCCAGCGAGCAGUAGUGCUGUAUUUGACGGAAGUGCCUGGUAAAGAAGAUUUGUUAACCGUUGACGUCGUCGGACCAAUCCGCAACCAAACCGUACACAUUGGCAUGUUCGGCUGUUAUUCGCCGAAUACUACAGCCAGGGUGUACGAACUGGGUGUUAUUCCCAAUCUCCACAGUUUUGCCUUCUAUAGCUGUUUCAGUCUAGCGAUCCACAAAUUCGAAUUCACUCACAUGCCACAACUGCGACAGAUCGUGUUCUCUUUAUCCACAAUUUCCACAUUGGAACCAGGCACCUUCACAGACUUGCCAAACUUGCGUACCUUGAUUCUGGAAAAAAGUUGGAUCGUGGAGUUAUUUGGCGCUAGCACUCCAAGCUCAUCCAACAAUUAUUCCGCCAGCGUUAACGAUCUGGACUAUCUUCAUAAUCUGCAUUGUGACUGCUCAUUUGCCUGGUUGCGCCGUUUUCUGAAGCAGAAACCGUAUCUGAUCGAAGCAAAAGAGCCCGGCGAAGUGUUCAGAGUGGGAAACUAUUUCUCUGCAGCUGUUAAGAGAAAUGGGAAUGAUACGAAUGUCUUCAGUGUGGACUGUUUGAAAAACGUGACCUUGGAAAAUAUUUGGACUGGCAAUCAGUUUUCGUACAAUGAACAUUGCUCUGACGAUAUCUGUUAAUUUCUAUUCUGAUGCUAUCAUGACGCAUGCUACUCGAGUAGGGAUGGGAUAAAAUCGAUCGUAUUGAAGAACGUGCAGAUACAGAGUGCGAUUCGCUGUACCAUUGUAUUAACCGUAUAAUGGCCCUUUAUUCUACAUGGCGAGUCGGAUUACUAGCGACCUGCAAUAAAAAGAACGUGGACGAUUUGUCUUACGGAGGCACACAAGUUGUUAGGUGUAAAGUGCUAGGUUGCGCGCGUUUUGUGAUUACAUAAGUGUAAGACAAUUUUGGCGUCCAUUGUAUGGUAAUUUCUUUUUUUUAAUAUGCGUUGCUAUUUGUUAUUAUUCUUUCAAAAUCUAUGAA